AUGGAAAGAUCACCGUCCCCUCCCAACGACGGCCAGAAGCUUGACGAAGAUGCCAUCCCCGAGGAACAAACAAUCCGCAUCGAACCCACCAUCUGGACCGCGAAGCGGCACGCUGCAGCCGUCGCAAAGGUCAAGUUCGGGCUUCGCGUUCCCACCACUACGCCAGCACCCGAGCUCCUCUCUGCCAUCCUCAACAGCGACGACCCCGACAGCAGUGCCUUCCUUGACCGGUACCACACGGAAUCGCUCCGCAACAUCGCCUGGGCCGCCUACCAAUUCGUCUCGCUCGAUCCCGCGGCCACCAUAUUCAGUUCCCUUCCAUUCCCGCAUGGUUUACACGGCCUCAACAGCUUCCGACGCUCCGCCUCAGCCGCUGAAUCCGACGGCACACCGCACACCAUGGAGCUGCGCAACCUCAUAUGCGUGCAGCUGAUCGAAGACGUGUUGCGGUACCUCUGCACCGACUACGGCUGGCCCAGCCGCCCGCUCGUCCUCAACUACUCCGAGAAGACAGACAAGCCGAUCUCAUGGAAGACCCGCGGUUUUAUCAGCUCGCGCGUCUGGGUGAUGACGCCGCGCCACCGGAAACGGGAUCUGGCCGAGGAGGCGGCGUUCGUGCUGUCACUUGCCAUGGACUUUAUCGUCCCCGGGGAGAAGUACGAGUCCGAGAUCUGGGUCGUGUCGGUGCUGGGCGGGAGCGCGGUGUUGGCCAGGGCUACGCUGGCGAGACCGCUAAUGGAAGCCCUGGAAAAGAAUGAUGUUAAGAAGGCUGGGAAGCCGAGUGGUCCAGAUGGGUUCUUGUGGAUUACUGCAAGUAAGGAAUAUCGAUUGUCGGAUGAAACGCAGAGGGUGGAGUUUGUGAAGGUUCUGGCAGGGCUUCCGCAGGCGCGGCCUCGUGAUCGUUAA